GACUGUCCACGGGAGUGACUAGCACCUGCUUAUAUACCCCGGCAUCGGCAAAAGGGAUGGCGUCCGUGCGCACGCGCUCCGCAUCCCCCAAAACCGUCUCGUUCUCCCCUGUACUCGAGCGGAAGUACAGCGCGGACAGAGCCGGCCCAUCAUAUCCUUCCGAGUUGAAAUCCACCGACUGGAGGAAGUACUUUACGGAUUUCAGUGCAUACCUUGACGCCCUGCUCGCUGAUCUACAAAACUCCAUCAACCCCGGUGCCAGAGUCGGGAGUCCAGGUCGCACUAGCUCCCCUGGUGGCCGCACAACUUCACCUGGCAGAACCAGUUCUCCACUCGGAAGGGGAGGUUCUCCCGGUCGUCUGAGUUCACAGGGAAGCCUCAGCUCACCCACAUCAACAGGCUAUGGCUCCAUCAAUGGCACAAAGAAUAUCAGCUCUGAUUAUGCUAAACCUGGAUCGCCCACAUAUCUGAACACCAGCAACCUCAACGAGAAGAUCGUCCCUGUGAAAUACACUGGCAACCAAUCAGGAUACUCUCCGGGCUACAACACUGGCCAAUCAGCUGGCUAUGGCAGGACCACCGGUGGAACCGGGCGAGGCAACCUGUCCGAACUGGACACCUUACUGGAUGAUCUGAGCCACGCGCGUUACGGGAACUACACUGACAAAUAUCUGGACAGAACUGAUGGAUAUGCUCGCACCAAUGGCGCUACAAGCCCUGCGUCGUCCAGGCCGACAGUGGAUUCACUUCUGGACCAGCUGAGCACAGACGUGCCAAAUGGAAGAGGAUCAGUGUCUCCAGUGCCAGGACCAACGGGUAGCCUCCCAAGACCUGGCACCAAGCAGGUGACGGUGACUGUGCACGAGACGGUCGUUGAGCCUGCGCAGUCGCAGCUGCAGCCGCCUAUAUCGGUGCCUGUGCGCCACCACCACCAUGCCUCCAGCGCCACUAAGGAACUUGAUGAUCUAAUGGCCUCGCUCUCCGACUUCAAAGUAAGCGGCACAGGCGGCGAGGGCGGAACCCACGUGUAUCGCGAGAAGCGCGCGUGGCAAGAGCACUACCGCAGCAGUCCGCGGCAGGCCGAACCCGCCUCUCUUGAGCAUAUGCUCGGAUCUCUCCGAGCAGACAUGAGCCGCCAAGGAGUCCAGACCCCCCAGAAGGGAUGCUGCAACGCCUGCGAGAAGCCCAUCGUCGGACAGGUCAUCACCGCGUUGGGCCAGACAUGGCAUCCGGAGCACUUCACCUGCGCACAUUGCAACCAGGAGCUCGGUACAAGGAAUUUCUUCGAGCGCGACGGCAGGCCAUACUGCGAGCCUGACUAUCACAACCUGUUCUCUCCCCGAUGCGCCUACUGCAACGGACCUAUCUUGGAUAAAUGCGUAACUGCGUUGGAGAAGACCUGGCACACGGAGCACUUCUUCUGCGCUCAAUGCGGCCAACAGUUCGGAGAGGACGGGUUCCAUGAAAGGGACGGCAAACCAUACUGCCGCGCGGACUAUUUCGAUAUGUUCGCGCCCAAGUGCGGUGGCUGCAAUAAACCCAUCAUGGAAAACUACAUCUCCGCGCUCAAUACGCAAUGGCAUCCAGAUUGCUUCGUCUGCAAGGAAUGCCGCGAACCCUUCCACGGCGGUUCGUUCUUCGAACACGAAGGGCAGCCUUACUGCGAGACGCACUACCACGGCAAGAGAGGCUCCCUCUGCGCUGGCUGCCACAAGCCCAUCGCCGGCCGAUGCAUCACCGCCAUGUUCCGGAAGUUCCACCCCGAACACUUCGUCUGCGCUUUCUGCCUACGACAACUUAACAAAGGCACUUUUAAAGAGCAAAAUGACAAGCCUUAUUGCCACACUUGCUUUGAAAAACUGUUUGGCUAAACUCGAUAAAGAAACGUUUUCUUGGUGGUUUCAUAAGCGAUUGUAUAAUGGACAUUUCAGUCUUUAACAUUAUAAUUUGAGGAUGUAAGUGGGUGACAUUUAUUUAAUACGAAAGAGCAAAAGAGUGUUGUGCAAAGAACACAAGUUAAGUGACUCUUUCAUGUUACUAAAUAGUUGGCUAAACUAGUAACCUGAUGAAGCCACAUGGGACUUGUGAACUCAUGUCUCAGGAUGACGGGUGCAGUGACAUUACCCCUCAGAUCUUUGCGAUUUAAAUUGUUGAUAGGCCUGUCGCUUACCACCAGGCGCACGACUUGUUCGUCCCGAUGAUUGGAAUGAUAAAAAAAAGUGUUAGGAAUGAAUUCCCAACACUGACCGAAACAUACUAGUUCCCCUUGUCCGAUCUAAAUAGUUCACAGGUUUUUCUAGUUCAGUGGGAACUAGGAACUGUCUGCGUUGUGAAGCCUAAAACGCAAUGUGAUCUUGUUAGUUCACCUAUUGUUUACAUCAGCAGGAACUGUUUUUGUGCUUUUUAGUACAAGUUCGAGACAGAGAUGUACGACAACGUUGCCAGCUCGUUUACGUCUCUAAUACGUGACACUCAACGACGCAGUUGUAUUUGUCAGGUUAAUUAAAUUGUAAUGAUUUCAUACAAAAUGUAUACAUUUUUUUAAUAUUUGGUAAAGUGUUACGAUUGACCUAAUAUUACUAAGUCCGAAGUAGUUCAUGUGAAUAAAAGUAGUAGUUUGAACCGUUCGUUCAAUGUCCGAGCGAACUAAAAGAACUAGAAGACCGAUUUAGCUCAAAUGACCGACCCCUUUUGCUCAAUCCAAUUGAAUAUGUGUCACCAAGUUACGAAGACAAAAGGGGAAAAGACGUGGUUGUCCAUUGUUUCAGAUUUUUAUGUAUUUUUGUAGUAAUUUCAAAAAACUUUACAAUUCAAAUGGGAAAGAAUCUCUCUCUCAUUGCCCAGAAACAUGAGCAAAAUACAGAACGUCGUAUAACAACAAUGUUUCUUUCCCUCUUUAGUCCUUAUCUCUUCUCUGGAAAGGCAAAAAAGCAAAAGCGCCGCGAGAAAGUGGUAAUUUGUCAGAUUACUAAAGGACCAAAAAUCGCUACUUUGAUCGAUGCGAAACUUGGACAGAUUGAUGCAGAAACCUUUAACCCUAACACCUAUAACGUAAAACUCAAACCUAUGUAUUAUAAUACAUAUGAUUCAUUUUUGCUUAGACUUGUGUUUUAGGCUGUUUCGCCUUUCCAUUGACGAUAUUGUAUUAGGGUGUAGUCACACGAGCUCACUUCCACUGCAACAGCAAAAUAACAGACCGCCUGCUGCCCACACGACUGCACUAGCAAUCGAUAGCUCAUGUGUCUAUGCAUUAAGUUUAUUAUGUUAUAUGUAAUGUAAAGGCUCAAAGCCUAAAGCUGUUGCACAAAAUGCAGCUUACAAUUUUACGAAUUCACGUUUUAAUGUACAUGCUUUUAGAACUCUCUUUUGUACCAUCAAAUAAAGAAUACGUUAGGCCUACCGACUACAAUUAAAAGUAAUUAUGAUUGCAAAUUAAUAAAUAAAACUACAGUUGAAGGCGAAGCGAAUUUUCAAACACGCGAUCAAGAACGAUUACAUGAACAACUAUAGUCUCUGUUUACUGUCUUUUUUGAAGACAGAGUAAAAUGACAUUCGUAGGAUUGCCAGUUUUCAUAAAAUUUUAAAUAGUUAUGUAGUUGUUGUCGAUAGUUUUAUCGAUAGAUUGUGAAAC